UGCUGGAUUGAGGCUGUUUUGCGUCUUGGGGGUCCUGCAAUAUAGUUCGUAUGGCUGUUAACCCCUGCGAGGGGGGUGCCAGUGGGCAGGAAGUGGCACCGCACUGACUCGAACACUUGUGUCCUUUCUCUUGGCAUGUAUCCCUAAAGUGGAGGAGGUCGGUGACAGAACAGGUGAUAUGUGGCCGUCUGGAGCCAGCAGUAGAGUGCCCUGCUCCCGGGACUCCGCUGUCAGGAGGGCAGCCUUCGCUGGGAACCUGUCUGCUCUACCCCUUCACCUGGUACCCACCGGCAAGUGUGUACGUGUCUUCAUCAGCGCCAAUCCUGAAGAUACAGAAGCGGAGAGAAAUGCACUCAGAGAACAGGUGUAUCCCAAACUGAGAGAAUUCUGCAGAGAAAACUAUGGCAUGGAAUUCCAGGCCAUAGACUUAUACUGGGGGGUUCCGGAAGAAGAGUGGGACAGCCCUGAACUGCAGAGAACUCGAAUGAGAUUGUUGGAGGAAUGUUUGAAAUCAUCUGCUGGACCAUGCUUUGUUGGCCUGCUCGGAGAAAAAUAUGGAACCAUUCGAAUCCCAGGAGAAGUAGAAUCAUCUGAAUUUGAAAUGAUUCUGGAUGCGGCGAUUGAAGCCAAACUGGAAACGAGGACCCUGGAAGAGUGGUAUUGUAGAGAUGAAAAUGCUGUCCCCCCGGCGUAUUACCUCAAACUGAAAACAGAAAUGAUGAAGAAUCACAACAACCCUGUGAACUCUUCGAUAAGUUCUGCCUAUGAGAAGAAAUGGCGAGCAGUUGUAGAAGAGAUCAAAAACAUCUUCAAAACUGCAGUGAAACUGCUUCAUGAGAAUGGAAAGCUAAAAUCAAGCCAAACAAAGAGAUACUUAUCAUCUGCCUUAGAGGACGAGUUUGAUUUUGCUCUAGGAAAGCAAACAGCAGCAUUUUUAAAGAAGUGUGUUUGCUAUAUUCGGAAAAUCUCCAAUAUUGAAAAACACUUAAAAAUCCCAGAGAUGUCCAAAUAUACUGAUGUCAUUAAGGUUGACAAGAUGAUGCGAGACCAAGAAGCACUGGAGAAAAUUAUAAAACUCAGGGAUGAAUUUAUUCCGACUAUUGUGGCAUCAUCCAAUCUUCGAGUUUACACCUCUGUAACACAUUGUGAUAUGAAGCUCGGCUAUUCACAAGAAGUGGAGAAUCAUUAUGUAGAAGGGCUCUGCAAACAGUUCUAUGAAGAUAUGAUCGAUAUCGUCCAGGCGACAGUGCAGCAGAACCUUGAUACUGAGACUGAUUCUCUGUAUGAUGAAAUCCUACAGCACUUGUCCCUGUGCCGGACAUACUCUACCUUCUAUGAAUACAGAUGUGAAGCACUAAGCCUGGUUCAUAAAUACAUACAGCCUUCCAAAGCAGGACAUACCAAUCCUCUUAUUGUAUAUGGCGGACCCUGCACUGGAAAAACACUACUAUUAGCAGAAGUAGCAAAAAAGGCCUUUUCAUGGCUUCAAGAUGAAAUUGGAACAGAUUCGGAUCCAGUGGUUAUUGUAAGGUUCCUGGGAUCCACUGAAAUGAGCUGUCAAUUAAACUGUUUACUGCAAAGCCUUUGUGAACAACUAGCAGUAAAUUACCGGUGUUUACUGCAGAGCAUUCCAAAAAAGAUCCUGGACCUUCAGGAACUAUUUUUAAACUUGCUAAAUGAGUCAUCAUUUCAUAGACCCCUUCUUCUUGUGUUGGACAGUCUCGAACAACUUUCAGACAGUGAAGAAGCAAGAAAACUUUGGUGGCUGCCCAUUCACCUUCCUCGCACAGUUCGUAUAAUCAUAUCAACACUGCCAAACAAGCAUGGAAUGCUCCAAAAACUAAGGUGCCUUAUACACAACGAAGACAAUUAUGUAGAACUUAUUCCACGAGAUCGGAAAAUGUGCAGCCAAAUACUUAAACACCAGCUGCUGAGGAUUAAAAGGAAGGUAACAUCGGGUCAGCAAAUUUACGUCAAUGAAGCUUUCUCCAAAUGUACCUUGCCGAUGUUUGUCAACUUGACUUUCAGAGAGGUCCGAAACUGGAGAUCUCAUAAAGAUGUUGAUGACUCAACUCUUUGUGUGACCGUACAUGAGAACAUAGAACAGUUAUUCUGUUCACUGGAAAGCAAGUGUGGGCUACGGUUGGUGUCAAGAGCACUAGGGUACAUUACAAUGGCCAAAACAGGUCUCAGUGAGGUGGAGCUAGAUGACAUUUUAGCUCUUGAUAACAGUGUAAUUACUGAGUUAGUAGCCAGUGGAAAACCUUUGAAUCCACUAAGGGUACCCUAUAGAAUUAUUGCACAAAUUAGAGAGGAUCUUAAUGGAUAUUUAGUAGAGAGACAUGUAAGGAAUGUCACACUUUUGGUUUGGUCAAACAGACACCUUCAUCUUAUUGCCCAGAAAUUGUAUCUCAGUAAUGAUGAUGAUUUGCAAGAGAUGCAUGCCAAUGUGGCAGAGUACUUCUUAGGUGUAUGGUCGGGAGGAAGGAAAAAAGAUUUCUACACUGAGAAUCGAUAUUUUGAAAACAGUAUUCAAAAUGAACAUAGUAGCAUACACAAUGAUGGAAAACAUUAUCCUGAUGAAAAUGAAUUUGACAGACAGGCUCCAGAACAGCCCUGGGCAUUUCAGUGCAAUCCUCUACAGCCUGAUAUAUUUUUUGUGAAUCACAGGAAAAUGACAGAACUGUUGCAUCAUUUGACAAGAUGUGGUAUGACAGAUGAAAUGAUGUCUGGGAUUACAAUGAACUUUAGUUGGCUGUACACAAUGAUCAAAAUCGGUCAGUUUGAAAAGGCACUAGGUGACAUAGAAAUAGCAUACAACUAUUCACAAGAAAAAGAGCUGAAAUUUCUUGCCGGUACCCUUCAAAGCAUUAAAAACAAAAUUUUAAAAAAUCCAGGGUCCCUUUCAGCUGAGUUACAGCAGAUACUUCUUCCAGUUGUGAGUUCUUUGCCUAAAUUUCGAAACCUUCUUUUAGAAUGUGACAAAGAUGGACCUAAAUACUGUUCAAUUGUUCCACUCCAUUCUUCCAUGGAUGUUACUUACACCCCUGAAAGAAUUUCAUUAUCAGCUAGCUCACUGCACAUCACUGAGGUCCUUCCAACAUACAGUCCGAAUAUUAUAAUCUCUGCCCUUGAGAAUGGCACUAUCAGUACCUGGGAUGUUGAGUCAAGGCAACUCUUACGGCAAAUCACAACUACCCAGUUUGUAAUAAUGGGGAUGAAAAUUACCGUAGAUGAAAAAUAUCUUGUUGUGUCCACAACAAAGAAAACCCUCCUAAUUUAUGAUAACCUUAACUCUUGCCUUUUGUCUGAAGUUGAAAUUAAAGGUUCCAAAGGAGUUGCAGGGGGCCCAAACCUUAUAAAUGGGUUUACUCUAUCACAUACACAUGCACUGGCCUGGUUGGAAGCAAGCAAAGAUGUUAAUGUCAUAGAUUUACUUUACGGCUGGCCACUGUACAAUUUCCAUUGCUGGUAUGAGGUGACCUGUAUUCAGUGUUCUUCAGAUGGACUGUAUGCAUUUUGUGGACAAUACCUCAAUACAACCACAAUAUUUCAUUUAGGUACUGGAGAGAAACUGUCAACUGUUACAUCUGAAUUUUCUGGAGGGUUUGUGAAAUACAUUCUUGUUCUUGAUACAAACCAAGAAGCAGUCAUGAUUGACAAUGAAGGGAGCCUAUCUGUGUGGAACACGGAGGUAAUGACUAAUCCUCAAGUAACUGAAGAAUUUGAUUGUAGCAAGGGAGACAGUGAAGUCAUUUGCACUGAGUUAUCUGAAGACCAAAGUGCAAUUCUUAUCUGCAAAGCAUUAAGUAUUGAACUUUUGGAUACGCGCAUGUGGAAAGUGUCUGAAAAGUUUAGGGCAAAGCGCAAUGAGCGAUUUAUUUCAGCUGUCCUCUCCAGGAAUUCUGACUGUAUAAUUGCUUCCAUGGAAAAUACCUCAUCUAUAUUUGUAUGGAGAAGAGACACUGGGCAAUGCAUGGCAAGUUUACAAGAAAUCUCAGGGAACAUUGUCAAAUUAGUGAAAUCAAGCCAUCACAAUUUACUCCUGUCCUUGUCUGUUAGUGGUGUGCUUUCCAUUUGGGACAUCGAUAUUUUAACGGCAAUGUCCAAUAUUGACAAGACUGGGAGAGCUAUCCAAAUGGUUUUGUUGUCCAGCAGAGGAGAUUACAUCUACUCACUCGAUGGAUCUGAUUAUGUCCAUAAAUGGAAUUUUAAUACUGGUUAUAUUGAAUCUGUCUUUAAACAUGAAGGAAAUGUGGAAAAUUGCGUGCUCACAGCCACUGGUGAGUUGCUGGUCACCUCAGAUGACAAAUGUAACCAAUAUGUUUGGCAUACCAGCACUGGUGAAAAUCUUUUACGGAUUAGUGGUCAGCGAAUAUCUCAGUUGUUAAUAACACAUAAUGAUCAAUUUAUAGUAUCACUUUGCGAGCAAAAUGCAUCCAGGGUAUGGAGGCUUGCAACAGGCCAUAAAGUAUGUAAUAUCUUAGCUGCCUUUAAGAAUGCACUUAUAACUACUGCAAACACGUUUAUGAUCGGCAUGACCAAGAACAAGCUUCUGGCGGUAAGUUUAUGGACAGGAAGCAUAACAAAAAAGUACUGUUGUGAUGAUGGAUCAGCAAUUAUAAACUUCAGAUUGAUCCCAGACUGUCCAGAUUUUGUUGUGUUCAUGACAUCCACUGAAUCUGUGAACAUCUGGAGCCUGGCUGAGGAGGCCGUCUGCAGGAGGGUGCAGCUUCCAUGCAACUUUUUGAAAAAGCUCAAUGACUUUGAAAUCUCUCCAAAUGGGAAGCUUGGAAUAAUCACUCAUGGUGAUGAAAAGUUCAAUGUUCUAGAUUUGCACAGUGGAAAGCUCAGAGUGGUGCAUGCAUCUGGCAUUAUAUGGAAGCAGAGCUUGUCCUGCGAUGGGCGUUAUCUUGUCUACAUUUGCUACCGCAAUGGCGAAGAUGAUGAGGACAAUUCAGUUUCAAGUUUAAUAGUGAUGAGACUUGCAGAUGGAAAGAGCAUUGGUGCUUGUUCAUUAUAUAAAACUCCAACUUUCCUUGCUCUCUCACAACGGCAUCUCAAUAUUGUUGUAGGAUUUGAGGACGGGAGUAUUGGCACAUACACAGUAGUGGACAGAGUCGACGCCACAUUGAAAAUAAAAAUUGCAACUUCCAACAGUCGUCAGCUUUUCAAUAACAAAUCACAUAUUUUUAGGCCCAAGUGCAAUAAUUUCAUAUACAAAAUGGCACCUGACUGCUUAUGGAGAGAGUCCACAGAAGUAUUUGCCAGAGACAGCCCCAUCACGGUGUCAGAUUCUGGUGAAGGAACGGAGACAACACCAACCAAAAAACAUAAUUUUUGUUAUGAGAAAAUGUGCUCUGCCAUUGACUGUAGAGGUCAGAGCUUUGCGGCAAACAACUAAAAUCGCCAAAGCAUUGAUGCUUACAAAAAGUUUACACAUCAUUCUGAUCUUAAAGCUAUUACAUGUUUUGAAUAAAUGUCCAUGACAAUUCAAGCAUCACUGCUUA